AUGAACGAUGAUCCCGGAAACGUCAAGGUCGUGGUGCGAUGCAGAGCCUUUGUGCCGAGAGAAAAGGAGAAGGGCACAAGAUGUUUGAUCCGCAUGGACCCAGCGACGCAAAAGACAACUCUCUAUGCGCCCGAAGAGGGCGAGAACAACGGACGCCGCGUCCUUGACGACAAGGAAUUCACAUUCGACCGCUCGUACUGGUCCCACGACGAGAGCGACCCGCAUUAUGCCCACCAAGAGGACGUCUAUCGCUCUUUCGGCGAGGAGUUCCUCGACCACAACUUCUCCGGAUACCACACAUGUAUAUUCGCAUACGGCCAGACAGGGUCGGGCAAGAGUUACACCAUGAUGGGCACACCUGACAAUCCAGGCCUGAUUCCACGAACGUGCGAGGAGCUGUUCGACCGAAUCGCGCAUGAACCGUCGCCCAACACAAACUACCACGUCCAGGUCUCGUACUUUGAAGUCUACAACGAGCACGUGCGCGAUCUUCUCGCUCCAAAGACGACUCCGCCCAUCUAUCUCAAGAUUCGCGAGAGCCAAAAGGAUGGUGUCUAUGUCCAGGGUCUGACCGAGGCUGAAGUCAAGAGCUAUGCCGAUGUUGCGCGCUUGAUGAAGAUUGGCGACACGAGCCGAACGGUUGCCUCUACCAAGAUGAACGACACCUCAUCACGAUCUCACGCCGUCUUCACGAUUCGCCUCAAGCAAAUCACCCACUCACUGCUCUCUGACGAGACCAUCGAACGUACAGCACGUAUGCGCCUUGUCGAUCUCGCUGGUUCCGAACGAGCCAAGUCGACAGAAGCCACAGGAGCGCGUCUGAAGGAGGGAGCGCAGAUCAACAAGUCGCUCACUACACUUGGUCGCGUCAUUGCUGCCCUGGCAGACCCGCGAAGACAUGGCGCCAAGGGAAGACGGCCACGAGAGGUUGUGCCAUACCGUGAUUCAGUCUUGACCUGGCUGUUGAAAGACUCUCUGGGUGGUAACAGCAAGACAGCCAUGGUUGCCUGCAUUGCUCCAGCCGACUAUGACGAGACUCUUAGUACGCUCCGUUAUGCCGACCAAGCAAAGCGCAUCCGCACACGUGCCUUGGUCAACCAGGACUGCAUGUCGGCUGCUCAGCGAGACGCCCAAAUUGCAGAGAUGUCGGAACAAAUCCGCAGUCUACAAGUCUGCGUCAAUGCAGCCAGCCAGCGUAAGAGGGAAGAAGCCACAGAGCUGGACGAGUACCAGAGGCAGGUGGCACUCAUGCAGCGUCUCAUGGAGGAGAACCGUCAAGUUUCCGCAGCAAAGAUCAAGGCCCUCACGUCCGAAGUCGAAGAACUCCGUCCACUCAACGUAGCCCUACGCGCAGAGAUUGAUUCAUUGCGCCGCCAUCUCCAGCUUGCUUUGGGCGAGCUCAAGAACCCUAUCGUCCUCCCCCCACCGCGGGAGCUUGGUACACCAGACUUCGACAAGGAGGAAUGGUUGGGCGAAGGGGACGGUGAAGAAAAGGCAGUCUCUGAUGAUGAGGCCAGCGAUGGUGACUCGGAUUCUGGCUACGACGAGGGUGACCACGACGAAUUGGCGCAGGAGUUGCACAACGAGGCGGAAGCAUUCCUUCAGGAUCUGGCCAUGUUCCGCAAGAAGUCGCGACCAACCAUGUCCAAGCCAACAGCCAACUGGGAGAAGGUCGGCGACAAGUUCUACAGGAAAGUGCAGCUUUACCAGGCUGUCUUUGAUCAAGACCUCGAGCUCGAGAACUACAAUGUGGUGGGGGCGCCGUACAGCGGUGCUGUAGCCGUCUACCGCGAUGAGGAGAAGCUGCACGCCUACCGUGGACCCGGCGCGUCCAAAUCGAGCAUCGACAUCUACAGCUGCGCGGGCAAGCUGAUUCGCACUAUCAAUUGGGACAAAGGCACCAUCAAGGGCCUGGGAUGGUCCGAAGACGAGAAGCUGCUCGUCGUCACAUCAGACGGCACCGUGCGCUGUUACUAUGACCUCCAAGGCGACUUUGUACCCUUCACUCUCGGCCACGGCGCAGAUGAAUUCGGCGUCGUGUCCUGCAAAUUCUACAGCACCGGCUUCGUUGCACUCCUUGCGAACAACCACCUCAUAUCCGUCACCUCGUACGCCGAACCACGCCCCAAGCUCCUCGCUAUACCCCCCACCGAACCUGUCAUAUCAUGGAGCAUCAUACCACCCGCCUACUCGCUCUCGCGGUCCGUGGAAGUCAUACUGGCAAUAGGCUCGACACUGUACGUGGUUGAUGCGACUGAGGCUGAAGACCGCAAUUUUGAUGCCGGCCCGUUCAGGCAUAUUGCCGUCAGCCCCCGCGCGGAAUUUCUCGCCUUCUACACAGAAGACGGAAAGGUGUGGGUGGUUAGCGGUGACUGGAACGAGAAGCUCAGUGAGUACGACAGCAAGAUCAAGACGGUGCCAAAAGACAUGGAAUGGUGUGGCUCAAAUGCUGUCGCGCUAGCAUGGGAAGACGAGGUACAUCUGAUUGGACCCAGGAGUGCAGCAACCAAGUUCUACUACGAUACCUGGGUACAUCUCUUACCAGACGUAGACGGCAUACGGCUCCUCACAAACGAAGUCUGCGAGUUCAUACAAAAGGUGCCGGAUGAGGCAGUGGAUGUCUUCAGAUUAGGUUCAGACUCGCCUGCUGCAAAUCUGCUAGAGGCAUCUUCAUUACUCGAACAAAAGAGUCCCAAAGCCGACGACCUCAUACAGUUGAUACGGCCGAGUCUGGGUGAAGCUGUCGACACAUGCAUCAAGGCUGCAGCGCAUGAAUACAACAUUCACUGGCAGAAGUCGCUACUGAAAGCGGCUUCGUACGGAAAGUCGGUGCUGGACUUGUAUUCGUCCGAUGAUUUUGUCGACACGUGCGACACACUACGAGUUCUGAACGCGGUACGCUUUUAUGAAGUUGGACUACCACUCAGUUACGACCAGUAUCGACGUAUGACGCCCGAGAAGCUUGUCGAACGUCUCACAAAUCGCAGCGAAUAUCUUCUCGCAUUGCGCAUAGCCGAAUACCUGCAUCUCCCAGCAAACCAGAUUCACGGACACUGGGCGCAGCAGAAGGUUCGUGUCUCAACGGAUCCUGAAGAAGAGAUCUGCAGUCUCAUAGUCAAGAAACUACACGGCAAACCCGGUGUCUCAUUCGAAGAAAUCGCGCGGGCAGCGUAUGACGAAGGUCGCGUACGACUGGCGACAGAACUGCUCAACUACGAGCCUAGAGCUGGCAAGCAGGUGCCACUAUUACUCAACAUGAAGGAGGACAACAUUGCGCUUGACAAGGCUAUCGAGUCAGGCGACACUGAUCUCAUCUAUCACGUUCUCUUGCAUCUGCGCAAGAAAUUACCUCUUGCGUCCUUUUUCCGCGUCAUCAAUAGUCGACCUGUUGCUACAGCACUAGUAGAGUCAUCAGCUUGGGACCAAGACCGCGAGUUACUAAAGGAUCUCUACUACCAAGACGACAGGAGACUAGACGGCUCAAACCUCCUCCUAUCCGAGGCUAUCGUACAGGAAAGCCAUACCGCCCAGCAAGACAAACUGAAGCUAGCAUCGAAAUACCUCCAAGACUCUCGCGACAGCACAGCCGUCUUCCAACGCCAAGCCAUCGACGAUGCCGCCAAACUCCUCCGCCUCCAAACACAAUUCGAAAGCGAUCUCAACGGCCCACGAGACCCAGCAUCGACAGGUCCAUUACCAGGUCAGACCUACAUUGGGCUUUCGGCAAACGAAACGAUAUUCCAACUUGUCCGCCAAGGCCACUACAAGCGCGCCUCAAAAGUCGUCUCCGAGUUCAAAAUCAACGACAAGACCUACACGUACAUCCGUCUCCGCGCCCUCGUCGCAGCCCGGCACUGGAACGAGCUCGAAGAAUUUGCAAAGCAGAAGAAAAGCCCGAUUGGGUGGGAGCCGUUUUUCAACGAGAUUCUUGGGGCGGGGAAUACGAGGGUGGCGAGUGUGUUUAUUCCAAAGUGUACGGGGUUGAGUGUGCAGGAGAGGGUGGAGAUGUGGAUCAAGUGUGGGCUUAUGGUCAAGGCAGGGGAGGAGGCGUUCAAGGCCAAGGAUAGGGAGUUGCUAUGUGAGAUUAGGGAUAAGGCUGGGGGGAGUGCGGCGGUCGAGGUGGAGAGGUUGGUGGAAACCGAGAAAAAAGUUGAGAUCUUCAAGUCGGCAAGUAGCCAUGGUAAUCGAAGGGCGAAGUGGCCAUGGCUUGCGAUGACCGGGAAGCUGCGGCAGUCAAAGAUUCGCGUUUCGUGGAUUCAAGCUUUACCGGAUUAUUGCUACAAGAUGAAGGUGUCUACUACCUUGGUCAGCUUGACAGCUGCCGUGCCAGCUGCCCUCGCAUCAACGCCCUACUCUCAAUACAUCCUCGCACCUAAAUCACGAACCCUACAGCCCGUCUCCGUCCACAGCUCAAACGGCUCCGUCACCAAUCCCGAGAGCCUGACUACGAGCAGCGCAAAUGGAAGUUCGAUUUUCACAGGCGAAGCAGCAACAGCGUACGACUUUGGUAUCAACAUCGCAGGUCUCGUCACCGUGACAAUCGGGUCUGUAAACUCGACUUCAGAGUACAUUGGCGUCACCUUCUCCGAGUCUUCAUUGUGGAUCAGCAAUAAAAGCAGCGACGCGACCGCCGAUGCAGGAAAAGACGAGACACUCUGGUUCCACGUCAAUGGCACAGGACGCUACACGGCGCCCAAAGAGAAGGUUAGAGGCGCUUUCAGGUACAUGACGUUGGUCCAUAAUGGCACGGGGAGUUUGGAGGUAACGGGAGCCGAAGUACAUUACACGGCAAUGCCUCACUGGGAGGAUGAUGCGUUGGGGAACUAUACUGGAUAUUUCCACUGCGACGACGAAUUGCUGAACCGUGUGUGGUAUGCUGGUGCCUACACGAACCAGAUUUGCACUAUCGAACCGGACACUGGCGAUGCGUUGGUGCACAUCGGUGAAGAGGGGUACUCGAAGGAUGACGAUCAAACGCCGGUUAAUGUAACGUGGUAUAACAACUACACUAUUACGGCUGGUAAGAGUGCGCUAGUUGAUGGCGCGAAGAGGGAUAGACUUGUGUGGGCUGGUGAUAUGGCUAUAGCCGUUCCCGGUGUUGUGGUAUCCACCAACGAUGUCAUCUCCAUUGAGAACGCAUUGGACUCGCUGUUUGCUGUCCAGAAUGAGACGAAUGGUCUGCUUCCAUAUGCUGGACGGCCAUUCCCUCCUGAAGCUAUAUCCUUCACUUAUCAUUUGUACACCCUAAUUGGUGUCGCCGACCACUAUCUUUAUACUGGAGACGUCGAAUACCUGAAAUCCCUGUGGGACAAGUACAAAUUCGCCCUGUCUUUCUCGCUCGCGAACAUUGACGACAGCGGCUUGAUGAACGUCACCGCACCUAACGACUGGCUUCGCUUCGGUAUGGGCGGUCAUAAUAUCGAAGCAAACGCCAUCCUCUACUACACCAUCAACCAAGGCAUCUACCUAGCCUCUGCUCUCAAUGACACCGCGAACAUCACCUCAUGGCAGGAGACGGCAGACCGCAUCAAGACAGCCGCCAACGAGCUCUUGUGGGUGCCAGAAGAAGGCAUGUACCGCGACAAUGAAACCACAACUCUCAUGCCACAAGACGGAAACGCCUGGGCCGUAGUCGCAAACCUCACUCUAAACAGCACACAAACUGAGCAAAUCUCCUCCAACCUAGUCGCCCGAUGGACACCCUACGGUGCACCUGCUCCAGAAGCCGCAGAUGCCAUUUCACCCUUUAUUUCAGGAUUUGAACUGCAAUCCCACUUCCUCGCACAAAACACCACAGCUGCGCUAGCAUUAAUGCGUCUUCAAUGGGGUUUCAUGCUCGACGACCCGCGUAUGACGAAUUCUACCUUCAUCGAGGGAUACAGUACAACUGGAGAACUACACUACGCACCCUACGUCAACGACGCGCGAAUCAGCCACGCGCAUGGAUGGGCGACAGGUCCUACUUCCAGCCUAACACAAUACGUCGCUGGCGUGCAAUUGCUAACUGCUGGUGGAGCGACGUGGCGUGUUGCGCCUUCGCUGGGUGAUCUCAAAUUUGCGGAUGCAGGAUUCAGCACGAAUUUGGGCUUCUUUGGCGCAAGGACGCAGGUUUGGGCGAAUAACACUGUGAUGUUGGAGUUUGAGGCGCCGGAGGGGACUAUGGGAGAGGUGCAUGUGCCGGUGCUUGAUUGUGCUGGACGGGUUGUUAUGAGUGGUAGUGCCGGGUUGAGUGGGGAUGUUGUUGUAGAGACGAUGCAAGGACAGGGAAGUGUAGUGGUGAUGGAUGUCAGGGGUGGGAGGUGGACGGCUACGUUUAGAUGUUCGGAUGCCGUUGUAGACUACAGGGUAGAAUGUUCACCCAGGGCAUGUCGCUACCGUGGAGUCGACCCACAUGUCGACACAGCAACGGCUAUGGAAAAGAAAUCUCAUCUGCCGCUUCCGAGCUUAAUGCAAGAUGCUUUUCUGGGUCCGGGCCAUGAGCGGAUAACAAACAGGGAAAUGCUCGGCCCACUACCAGAAUACUUGACGAUGGAUUCGGAUGUGAUAUUGGAUGGAGUAAGCCGGAGAGGAGCCCGCAGUGCACUGGACAUGUUUCUUCAAGAUGACGGUCUUUUUGACAAAGUCUAA